UGCGAAACCUGAUUUUUCCCGGUCCCCGGCGACCGGCGACGGGACCGGCGGCUGGUGGCCCAGCGGGUGCUGGUUGGCUGGUGUGCAGAUCGCGGUGGGAGAGAGGAGCGGUAGGAACGGGUCCCUAGAGCGAAACAGUGUUGAAAUCAAGUUUCAUGUAACUGCAGGAAUAAAGGAGAAGCAAUGCAGAAAUCAGAGUGCCAUAGGGGUGUCCAGAUGAGAAACAGACUGACAGAUAACUGUGAUCAAAGGACAUCAUCAAGUGCACAAGUAAAACAUGGGACUCCAGUUCAACAAAGCAAAUCUUCAUCAUCAACCAGCUCUCCAGAAUCUGCAAGAAAACUUCAUCCUCGACCAAGCGAUAAACUUAACCCUAAAACAAUUAACCCGUUUGGUGAACAGCCACGAGCCCCUUCUGCCUUUGCAGCUAUUUACUCUAAGGGAGGUAUUCCUUGCAGGUUGGUCCAUGGUUCAGUAAAACACAGGCUACAGUGGGAAUGUCCUCCUGAAAAGCUUCCAUUCGAUCCUCUUCUUAUUACUUUAGCUGAGGGUCUGAGAGAGACUAAACAUCCAUACACCUUUGUGUCAAAGGAGGGUUUUAGAGAAUUACUUUUGGUCACAGGCGCUCCUGAGAAAGCUAUGCCUUUGCUUCCUAGACUGAUUCCUGUGCUGAAGGCAGCUCUGGGCCAGAUGAUUCCUUACUGGAAGAUACCUUUAGAAGAUGUACUAAAGGUCCACGUGGAUGAUGAAGUGUUUGAAAGAGGAUUGAAUGCUCUGGUACAGCUAAGUGUCGUCGUUGGUCCUUCUCUUAAUGACCAUCUGAAACAUCUGCUUACCAGUCUUUCUAAGAGAUUAAGGGACAAGAAAUUCAAAGAACCAAUCACCACUGCGUUACAGAAGCUGGAGCAGCAUGGCGGAAGUGGAAGCCUUAUCAUCAUCAAAUCUAAAAUUCCCACAUAUUGCUCCAUAUGCUGUUGAAGAAAGGAGCCUGAAUGACAGGUGUUAAAUGCUGACUAUGGGUAUCUGCAAAACCUGUUCAGUCACUUCAGUUUAUUUUUUUGUAAAUCACAGCCAUCCUUCAUUAUUAUUGGCCGUGGAUGAGUAUAUACACAGGUCCACCGAAUCAUAGUACAAGUUAUUCAUCAAAAAGAAAGAAUGGUUAAUAAUGGAAAACUAUUAAAAAUGUUCCAUAAUAGUACAAUCUUGUGGG